UGAAUAUUAGGGGGGGUGCAUGAGCUCCGAUCGCAGUCGACCUGCAGCUGGACCAACACCAGAACUAGAGAUGUUGUCUCCUCCCUCUGCCGUCCUGCUCCGUCUGCUGCUGCUCUGCAUCCCUGCAGCUCGAGCUGCCAAGUGUCCUCAGAGGUGCGUCUGCGACCAGAUCCAGCUCACGGUGGCCUGCGUCAACAAGAACCUGACCCGGGUUCCUCCGACUCUGGACGAGAUCACCGUGAAACUGUAUCUAGGAGGAAAUGACCUGCAGGAACUCCCCAGCGGGGCGUUCAAACACACCCCCUACCUGACUCACCUGACCCUGCAGCGCUCCAACAUCCACCGGGUGAGGGAGGGGGCCUUCCGAGCCCUCGGCCGGCUGGAGUUUCUCAAUCUGGCUCACAACAACAUAGAGAUCCUCUACCAGGAGUCUUUUGACGGUCUGUCCUCGCUCAAGAAGCUCAUGGUGGACCACAACCGUCUGGAGGAGAUCCAGCCAGGAGCCUUCUCCCAGCUGGGCUUCCUGAACCUCCUCUCCCUCACACACAACCAGCUGAGCUACAUCCCCAACAUGGCCUUCCAGGGACUGCAGAACAUCAAGUGGCUCCGCCUCAGUCACAACUCUCUGAACAACAUCGAGAACGACGCCUUUGCUGGACUCUUCACGCUCACCAGACUCAGUCUGGACCACAACGAGCUGCAGUUUUUCCCCACGGAAACCAUGACCAGACUGCCGGAGGUGACCCGCCUGGACUUGAGCUUCAACCCCAUGACGUACCUGGGAGAGGAGGCGGUGUCCAUGUCCAAGCUGACCCACCUCUUCCUGGACCACAUGUCCCUGCAGGACCUGGUGAACACCGCCGUGUCCAAAUCCCCCAACCUGCUCCACCUGGACAUCAGCCACAACCAGCUGCGCCUCAUCCAGCCGUUCUCCGAGGGCUCGCCCAAGCUUUCCCGCCUCCACCUGGACGGGAACCCCCUCUCCUGCAACUGCUACCUGCGUCCGCUCAGGGAGUGGGCGAUUCGCCGGAAGGUGAAGCUGGUGGGGGUGUGUGGAGGGCCGGCUCACCUCUCAGGUGAGAGUCUGGAGGCCGUUAGCCCCGCCCAGCUGCGCUGCCAGAGCCAGGAGGCCAUGCUGAAGGCGGAGUUUGAGGAGGCCACUAGGAUCUCGCCGCGGACCACGGAGGCGCCGGAGAACAAGAUCAAGUGUCCAGCCAACUGCGUCUGUGAGGACACGCAUCACUCGUCCUGUGAGAACCGCGGUCACACCAAACUCCCUCGAGGCUUCUCCUCCUCCACGCGCCUCCUUGACCUGAGCGGGAACCACUUCCACUACAUCCCAGCCAACAGCUUCCCGGCUCUCGGCCAGGUGGUGUCUCUGCACCUUCAGCGCUGCAAGAUCGUGGAGGUGGAGGGAGGGGCCUUCGCCGGCAUGAAGGGGCUGAUCUACCUGUACCUGUCCCAGAACCAGCUCAGCUCUCUCAGCUCCGACGCCUUCAAAGGUCUUCCUCAGCUGACGUACCUCCACCUGGACCGGAACCACUUCACCCAUUUCCCCAGAGGAGCCUUCAAGCUGCUGCCCAGCCUGCUGGCUCUUCACCUGGAGAACAACAGCAUCACCACGCUGGAGCCGGGGGUCAUGGCGGGGGCGGAGUCUCUCAGAGCCCUUUACCUGACCGGGAACGCCGUCGAGCGCGUGGCGCCGGGGGCUCUGGAUGAGGCGCGGGAUCUGGAUACGCUCCACCUGGGCGGGAACAAGCUGAAGGAGGUUCCCGCCGAGGCGCUGAGCCGCGCCGGGAGCAUCAGGGACCUCCAGCUGUCGGGGAACCCCAUUCGGUGGGUGGGGCCUAACGCCUUCUCGGCGCUGGGGAACUCGCUGAAGGAGCUGUACCUGGACCACAUGGGUCUGGAGAGGAUGUCCCAGGACUCCCUGGCAGGAGUGGGAUCCGGGUUGAGAAGUCUGUUUUUGGAGGGGAACCAGCUGGAGGAGGUCCCGGACCUCCACCCGCUCAGAUCUCUGGAGGUCAUCAACCUGGCUGACAAUCCUCUGAUGUGUGACUGCCCCCUGCUGCCGCUCCGCAUGUGGAUCGAGAAGGUCAACCUGAAAGUGCGGGCCUCCUGCGGCAACCCUCCAGAGCUGAGGGGUCAGCGGGUGCAGGACGUCCCCGUGUUCAAGGCCUGUCCCGGAGGAGAGACGCUCCCCAACCCCCCCAACAAGACGGAGCCCGCGAUGCCGAGGAACAGAACCAAAACCAAGAGACGCAAGAGUCCGAUCAGAAAACCGGGAGCCACGAAGAAACGCCACGCUUGAGGUUCAUCUGAACUCUGAGGAGAAACACGAAAUAUUUGAUCUGACGGUUUUUACGUCGUUAUAAUGAAGUCAUCGUCUCCUAAUGAUUGAGCCAAAAUUUAAAAAAAUCUGUCAUUUUCUAGGACAUAGCUUCUGCAGAGCGGCAGGAGUUCAUUAAAAAUCACCUCCAAGUUGUGA